CCUUCGGGCCCGGCCUGCAUCUCCCGCUCCCGUUCCUCCAUCUUGGGCUCCGCGGCGGGGAGGAUGCGCCGGCCGGUCGCGGACGCCAGGGGCACACGAUGAAGCGCUACCGGCGCGUGCUGGCGCUGGCCUCCUGCCUCUCCCUCUGCUCGCUGGUCUGGCUUCCCAGUUGGCGUGUAUGUUGUAAAGAGAGCUCUUCAGCUGCAUCCUAUUACUCUCAAGAUGACAGUUGUGCACUAGAAAAUGAAGAUGUACAAUUCCAGAAAAAGGAUGAAAAAGGGGGACCUGUUGAUGAAUUACUGGGGGAAGUGGGUUCAAACGUCCCUAUUCUUCCAGAAGAAAGUAAAUUAAAAGAUGACUACAUUGAGCAUAUUCAAAAUACAGAGUCCAAAAAGCUAAGUCCAUCUGUGAUUGAGAUACUCCCUGCAGUUGAUCUUCACAAAGAUUCUUCUAGUGUAGUUGUGGACAGUGAAGACAUUGAAAAUAAUUCCAGCUCAUCUACCUCAGAGAUCACUCCUAUCUCAAAACUUGAUGAAAUAGAAAAAUCUGGUACUAUUCCUAUAGCCAAGUCAAGUGAAACUGAACAAUCUGAAACCGAUUGUGAUGCUGGUGGGGCCCUUGAUACAAAUGCACCAGUUGACCAGCCUUCCUUCAUCAAUGCACCAGAAAGCCUUGUUCAGCAGCAUAUAGAAAAUGUGUCAUCCUCACAUGGCAAAGGAAAGGUAACAAAAUCAGAAUUUGAAUCCAAAGUUUCAGCAAGUGAACAGAGUGGCAGCGAUACAAAAUCUGCUUUGAAUGCAUCAGAUAAUUUAAAAAAUGAGAGUUCUGAUUUUACAAAACCAGGAGAAAUUGACCCUACAUCAGUAGGAAGUCCUAAAGAUCCAGAAGAUAUACCAACAUUUGAUGAAUGGAAGAAGAAAGUUAUGGAAGUAGAAAAAGAGAAAAGUUUGUCUGCAGGUCAGUCAAUGCAUCCAUCUUCUAAUGGAGGUCUGCAUCCCUCAAAAAAAGUUCAGAAAAACCGAAAUAAUUAUGCCUCUGUAGAAUGCGGUGCCAAAAUUUUGGCAGCUAAUCCAGAAGCCAAGAGCACAUCUGCUAUUCUUAUAGAAAACAUGGAUCUUUAUAUGUUGAAUCCUUGCAGCACUAAAAUUUGGUUUGUUAUUGAACUUUGUGAACCAAUUCAAGUAAAACAGCUUGAUAUUGCAAAUUAUGAAUUAUUUUCUUCUACUCCUAAAGAUUUUCUGGUUUCUAUCAGUGACAGAUACCCUACCAAUAAAUGGAUUAAGCUAGGUACUUUCCAUGGGAGAGAUGAGAGGAAUGUCCAGAGUUUCCCUUUAGAUGAACAGAUGUACGCAAAAUAUGUGAAGAUGUUCAUCAAAUACAUAAAGGUGGAGUUGGUAUCACAUUUUGGAUCAGAGCACUUUUGUCCAUUAAGUCUUAUAAGGGUGUUUGGCACUAGCAUGGUGGAGGAAUAUGAAGAAAUUGCAGAUUCCCAGUAUCAGUCAGAGCGUCAGGAACUAUUUGAUGAGGACUAUGAUUAUCCACUAGAUUACAAUACUGGAGAGGACAAGUCCUCAAAAAAUCUCCUGGGAUCUGCUACAAAUGCCAUUCUAAAUAUGGUGAAUAUUGCCGCUAAUAUUCUGGGAGCAAAAACUGAAGACCUGACAGAAGGAAAUAAAACUAAAUCUGAGAAUGCCAUUGCCACAACUGCACCAAAAAUGUCUGAGUCAGCUCCUGCCUCGAGUCCUGUUCCAGCACCUGAGUCUGUGAUCACUGAUGGACAUGAACAUGACAUUGAAUCAUCAGCACUGGAUGCCUCCAAAGAAAGUCCAAUUGUACAGCUAGUUCAGGAGGAAGAGGAGGAGACCAGCCCAUCCACAGUGACCCUGCUGGGUAGCGGUGAACAGGAGGAUGAAUUAUCACCCUGGUUCGAAUCAGAGACGCAAAUAUUUUGCAGUGAACUGACCACAAUUUGUUGUAUUUCAAGUCUUUCAGAAUAUUUAUAUAAAUGGUGUUCAGUCAGAGUUGCCUUUUAUCGUCAACGCAGUAGAACUUCUUUGAGUAAACACAAAGAUUACAUUACAGCUCAACCACCAUUACUAUAUCCUGUACAAUCAGCAGAUGCUUCAGUAUUGCCACUUCCAAGUGGAGAAUUGGACAGUAAAAGUACGGAAAGGGAAGCUGAAAGUGUUGUUUUUGGUGACUUAAGUAGUCCCAGUCAAGACAGUUUGAUUAAUCACACUGUUGAUGUAAUUGAACUUGAACCAAGCCAUCCUCCAACUCGUUCACAGUCUCUUCUUUUAGAUGCUACUCCUGAAAUAAGUUACUUACCUAAAACAGAAGUACCUGCGUCGGCUAAAUAUGAGACAGGGCAUACAGCAUCACAAGUGAUUCCCCAAGAGAGUGUUGUUGAAGGUGAUAAUGAAACAGAAAUGAAGUCUGAGAGUUUCAGUUCUAUAGAAAAGCCAACUGCAACCUAUGAAACAAGUCAAGUGAACGAAGUCAUGGGUAAUAUUGUAAAAGAAGACAUGAACUCCAAGCAAAUCAUUACAAAGCUAUCUGAAACUAUAGUGCCACCUAUAAACACAGCUGCUGUGGUAGACAGUGAAGACGGCGAAACCAAAACCAAUAUAGCUGACACACCAAAGCAAAUUUUGACUCCUCCUAUGGAUUCAUCUGCAUUACCUGAAGUAAAAGAGGAGGAACAGUCUCCGGAAGAGGCCCUUUUGAGAGGAUUACAGAGGACAGCUACAGAUUUUUAUGCUGAACUACAAAAUUCUACUGAUCUAGGCUAUGCUAAUGGAAAUCUUGUACACGGAUCCAACCAAAAAGAGUCAGUAUUUAUGAGACUCAAUAAUCGUAUUAAAGCCUUAGAAGUUAACAUGUCCCUCAGUGGUCGCUAUCUGGAGGAACUUAGCCAAAGGUAUCGAAAACAAAUGGAAGAAAUGCAAAAGGCUUUCAACAAAACAAUUAUAAAACUUCAGAAUACUUCACGAAUAGCAGAGGAGCAGGACCAGCGACAAACUGAAGCCAUCCAGCUGCUACAAGCACAGCUUAGCAACAUGACACAACUUGUUUCAAACUUAUCAGCCACUGUGACAGAAUUACAACAGGAGGUUUCAGAUCGACAAAGCUAUCUUGUCAUAGCUUUAGUUCUCUGUGUCAUCUUGGGACUGAUGCUUUGUAUGCAGCGUUGUCGAAACACCUCUCAGUUUGAUGGAGAUUAUAUUUCAAAACUUCCUAAAAGUAAUCAAUAUCCAAGCCCUAAAAGGUGUUUCUCUUCCUAUGAUGAUAUGACUUUGAAAAGAAGAACUUCAUUCCCGCUUAUCAGAUCCAAGUCUCUACAGUUAACUGGCAAAGAAGUGGAUCCAAAUGAUUUGUACAUUGUAGAACCUCUCAAAUUUUCUCCAGAAAAAAAGAAGAAACGCUGCAAAUACAAAACAGAAAAAAUAGAGACCCUAAAGCCAGCAGAUCCAUUGCACUCGAUCGCCAAUGGAGACAUAAAAGGAAGGAAACCCUUUACAAACCAGAGAGAUUUUUCUAACAUGGGAGAAGUUUAUCACUCUUCUUAUAAGGGCCCUCCAUCUGAAGGAAGCUCAGAAACCUCAUCACAGUCAGAAGAGUCAUAUUUUUGUGGCAUUUCAGCUUGCACGAGUCUGUGCAAUGGACAGUCACAGAAGACAAAGACUGAAAAGAGGGCUUUAAAACGGAGGCGAUCUAAAGUCCAAGACCAAGGAAAAUUGAUAAAAACUCUAAUACAGACUAAGUCAGGAUCAUUGCCGAGCCUGCAUGACAUAAUCAAAGGAAACAAAGAGAUCACCGUGGGGACCUUUGGAGUCACAGCAGUCUCGGGACAUAUCUAAAACAAAUCAAACUUUCUUACUGGAGACCUUUUUUGUUGUUGUUCUUUGAAGAACAGCCUGUGGUAUUUGAAGGGUUUUGGGGAGGGAGAAAAUGUUAAUGGGAAAAGUAUUCCAGAAUUAUGGUUCCUGCCUUUAAAAAAAAAAAUGGGUGGGAUUGUUAACGAACUACAGUUUUAUAAGGCUGAUCACUUCCUACAAGGACAUUGGUAGACAUUUUAUAAAGAUGUUUUUUCACAGAUUAAUUACUGGGACAAAAAUAAUUUGGAAACCCAGUUCCUUGGGUGGGAUAGGAAUGAAAGCCUAAACCUCUUCCUUUAGCUUUGUUCCUAUUUCUUGCACCUUCCCAUAUUUAUGUGCCUUUUGUCUAUUUAUAAUGCCACUGGAAGAGGAGGGAAACCUUUUUCUGUCAUAUGAUUUCUUUUAUAACUUUGUUAGUCUUCUGAAGCUGCAAACACUACAAAGCUUGACGGUGCUCUGCACCUGAAGUUUGGAAAUGUGAGUCUGAUGAUGGAAAGACCCUAAAAGACAUAUCCAACUAGCCUUCUGUUCAGUAAACUCACUAGAGACAAAACUUGCUGGGAUUUUAAAUAUAUUCUUACAGGGAAAUGAUAAUGCUAGUAAUGUUAUUUUUUACUUAAACUGUUCACACUCAUUUUCUUUAGUCACUAGCUCAAUGACAGAAAGACCCUAGAAGAUGUUUUCUGCAAAAGACUAGUAUUUACAUUGCUUUUUUUAACCAACUAAGCAUAUUGAGAAAGGUUUUCUUUUACUUUUAUAUUUAAACAUUCACAAUAAGUACUAAACCCCCAAACAUUCUAAUCAUCGUUUUCUGUUUCUAAAACUGGAAAAUCUGGAGAGUUAUCAAAUGAGUUCGGGUCUUAAAUCUAAUCACUGCCUAUAUACAUAUAUACAGAACCAGCUAGUGCAUUUGUCAAACCAUGUCUCAUUGGGUGAGUCUGAAGGGGUCUUACUUCCUUGAUGUUUGCUUUGUAUUGGCUAUGAAUGUGCAGAGGUAUACAUGUGUGAUGUCACUGUGUCUGUCUCCACUUUGUUCUUUAAGAAAAUUGGCAUAAAGUAAUUUGAAAUAAUUUCUUCGUAUGUGUUUGUACAAUAGUGAGUGAAAAUGGAAAGGUUCUUUUUGAAAGGGAGAAAAUUGACCAUUUUGUGUUGUAAGAUUUAAGUUAUAACUUAUUGAGCACUUUUUGUCAUAACCUAUUAAACUCGUCUAAUACCUUUAUUGGGGGUAUUGUUUGUAAUGUGACUUAUUUAAAGCCUUUUUGUUUAAGUUGCUGCUUUAGUUUAACAGUGUGUCUUAGAUGAUUUUUUUUCCUUCCUUGUCUGUACAAUUAGCCAUUCAGAGCAAGAGAACCUGAUUGUAUAGAAGCCCAUUGAAAAAAGUCCAGGGGGAAGUCAGGGGGAGAACAGGGUCACCCCAUGUGUGCAGCUGCCAGUGUUGUGAGAAGACAACUUUCAACAUGUAACUACAGAGCUGUAGUGCCACUAGAAACUGUGAAUUUCCAAAUAAAUCUGAACAUUGUCUUUAUUAAUAA